CUAUCAUGAACUGCAUGACCUAGGAGUAGGUUGUCCUCGUCUGCACUCACUCAUCGCAUAUCGACGAGAAGUGUUCUUGAGCUGAUUAUAACACAGCACUACAUCUUUCGCUGUGCAUCGUCCGCCCACCCACCGCAGCGUUCGAUGCUGAUAUUCGUUCGCAGCUGUCUUGAAGUAGUAUCCAUCACCGUUGUCGGUCGUUCAUCACGAUUCGCUUUCAUCGUACAGAGCCGAGCGACCUCCAUUUCUCAUUCGUUCAGCCAGUAAUGUAAAGAACUCAGUUCAUGAUCUAGUCGAACAACUCGCAACACUUCAUAGAGUGACGGGGAGUAGUCUAUAGUCCAGGGCACUAGUCAUUUUCUCUUCGGGACCAGAUCACGACGCGGUUUUUUUUUGAACCAUUUUCCUUCACAGUCAGCAUCCAAGAAGCAAUUCUAUUCAUUGAUUGCCACCACCGAAACCCAAAUCUUAUAUACAUAGCCUCAGGCGUUGCUUAUUAGGUACAAACGCAUAGAAACAGCCAGAAACACGAGGCCUCUUGUAGAGGUUACUCAGACGCAUCCAAGAGGGCUGAGUGGAAGACAAGUAGAUCGCUCGGUACAAGAGGGGGCCUUCAGUUUGACUCCGAACUUUGCGUUUAUUGCGAAAACAACACUCGACACCUACCCAAACCCACUCGCACGAUGGACAUUGAGAGCCUUCGAAAAAAUCCGACCGCGAAUCAGCGGCGGAUCGGGGAACUGAAAAAGCAGCAGAGGGACCUGUUUCGCGAACAGAGGACAGUAGCGCAGGAAUGGAAUAAAGCGCUGGAGCCAGGUACGGAGACUUCUAAUAGGUUUGUUCUUGCGACUUCUGGAUAGACUAUGAUGAAACCAAAUGCACUACAUACUUACUAACUUUUGUGAAGAUGCAAUCGUUUCGCACACUGAGACCACCUAAAAAACAGAGAACAAAGUGCAGACGAGUAAUAUCCGGCGUAUGCGCGUCGCGGUGUUUCUGAGCACACAACCUGGGCAGAUUGAGUACGGGCAGACGCCGCCGGAUUUAUCUCAGGCGUCCCGCUACAGACGAAGGACGACGCAGAUUGAGCAGCUGCAGAAGCAAAUAGAGGGCUGUACUGAGGAGAUAAAGAGGCUGGAAAAUGAAGAAAGAAAACAAAACGCCGAGAAAGCUUCCGGAACGAAGAUGGGGUCGAUACAAGAGUGGAAUCGAGCCUACGGGAUGGCCAAGAGGACGAUGAGUAUAAAUAUGGAAAUUUGCCGUGACCUCGACCUGUUUGUGUUUUGCUCAGUCGAAUUUUGAUCAUGAUCUUGUUUGUGCAUCGCUAAGUGUGCAUGACACCGCAACGAACUGCUUUUCUCUAGCGUUUCCAGUGCCUGAGAGUUCUUCAAUUUUCGAAAACAAAUUAAUUUUCCAGGUAAAACGGAGCGGUGGCUCUCCUACGUCAAACCGCCUUCGCAGAUCAUUUCUGGGGCGGAGAGCAAGGACGGAACAGUAAAGUUUCCGGGAAGCUUGAGCCAGGCGCUGCCGAUGCGACGCGGGAUGCUGACAGAUUGAGCUGAUGAAAGAGGUGUUGCUGUGCAAUACGGGACCGAUUGAAUGGUGCCAUUCGAAUCAUUCUUUCCAACAUUCGAAAUCUUCGAAAUGCAAGGUUAUCGACGAGAAUACUCGUCACUGUAGAAUUGGAAGGAGACGAAUGAAACUUGUUUCUGUUUCAUCAACAACGCACCUGCAGGACGGAAGACGGUCGUACUUCUGAGACGAGCCUUAAGUUGAUCCAUCGGCAGAAACUUCAGAGCAAUAAGUAAGUACUUACAAAAAGCGUGAGUCGUCCACCGUGGCGCGACGAACGCUGAAUCUGUUCCUGGAAAGCAUUCCCUGUUCUGCCUCACAGGACGAGGCGGUCGAGAGAAACAAACCUGAAGAUCAUCAAGUUUGAAAAAGCAAAUGCAAAAAAUUAUCUGGAUGAAGUUCUAAUACGCUUUAGUGGUGGCCGAGGCCGAGAGAUAAACACGACUGCGAGGGUAAGUACGUCGAGAGGAGUGGCUUGUGGGGUCUGAUCUUCAAAACAGCUGGUGCGCGGCGGCUUAGUAUUCCUAGAAAAACAAGCAAAACUCCGACGUUCAUCUUCUUCACUGC